AACACACAAUGUUUGCCCAAGCCAAACCACAAAUUUACGUUCUUAAGGGUAACUCCAAGAGAGAACAAGGUACAAAGGCCCAAUUGGCUAACAUUCAAGCUGCCAAGGCUAUUGCUUCUAUUGUAAGAACUACAUUAGGACCAAAGGCUAUGUUGAAAAUGAUUCUCGAUCAAAUGGGUACUGUACAACUUACUAGCGACGGAAACGCAAUAUUGAGAGAAUGUGAUGUUACUCACCCAGCUGCUAAGAGUAUGAUUGAAUUGAGUAGAACACAAGAUGAAGAAGUUGGUGAUGGUACUACUUCAGUAAUUAUUCUUGCUGGUGAAAUUCUUACAGUUGCCGAACCAUUGUUGCAACGUAAGAUUCACCCAACUCGUAUUGUCAAGGGUUUCUUGAAGGCUCUUGAAGACGCUGUUGACUUUAUUUCAGAAAAGAUGUCAAGAAAGAUCGACGUAAAUAACUAUGAAGAAGUUGCUGAAAUCGUAAAUACAAGUAUAGGAACAAAAUUCACUCAUCGUUACAGUGAUUUGAUGUGUAAAUUGGCUAUUCAAGCUGUUAAAACUGUAGCAACUGAUAUGGAAAAUGGAAAGAAGGAUAUUGAUGUUAAGAGAUAUGCUCGUAUUGAAAAGAUUCCAGGUGGAUUGUUGAAUGAAUCACGAGUUUUGAAUGGUGUCAUGAUUAACAAGGAUAUCCUCCAUCCAAAGAUGAGAAGAAGAAUUGAAAAUCCAAGAGUUUUGCUUUUGGAUUGCCCUCUUGAAUAUAAGAAGGGUGAAAGUGAAACUAAUGUUGUUUUGGAAAAGGAAGAAGACUUUGAAACUUUGCUUAAAAUGGAAGACGAAUGGAUUAAGAGAGUUUGUGACGAUAUCAUCAAAUUCAAGCCAGACCUUGUCGUUACCGAAAAGGGAUGUUCUGAUUUGGCUCAAUAUUAUCUUAUCAAGAAUAACAUCAGUUGUCUCCGUCGUGUUAGAAAGACUGAUAACAAUCGUAUUGCUCGUGCUACUGGUGCUACUAUUGUUUCUAGAACUUCAGAAAUUAAGGAAUCCGACAUUGGUAAUGGUGCUGGUUUGUUCGAAGUUAGAAAGAUUGGUGAUGAAUACUUCUCAUUCAUUGAAGAAUGUAAGGAUCCAAAGGCCUGUACUAUUCUUUUGAGAGGUGGUAGUAAGGAUAUUUUGAAUGAAAUUGAAAGAAAUUUGGAAGAUGCUUUGCACGUUGUUAAGAAUAUCUUUGUUGAUCCACGUGUUGUUCCAGGUGGUGGUGCUGUUGAAAUGAGUGUCUCACAACACUUGAUGCAAAAGUCAAAGUCUAUCAAGGGUAUUGAACAACUCCCAUAUCAAGCUGUUGCUACUGCUUUGGAAGUGAUACCAAGAACUUUGAUUGAAAACUGUGGUGCUAAUACUAUUCGUAUUAUUACUGAAUUGAGAUCCAAGCAUGCCAAUGACCAAAACCUCAACUUGGGUGUUGAUGGUGUCAAGGGUGUUAUCGCUGACACUGCUGAACUCAAGAUUUGGGAACCAUAUGAAGUUAAGGUCCAAACUAUGAAGACUGCUAUUGAAUCUUCUUGUUUAAUUCUCCGUAUUGAUGAUGUUUUGUCUUCAUUAAAACCUAAGGAAAAGAAAUAAAUUAUUAUAAAAACCUAUUUAAUUAUUAA